AUGCUUCCUGGCCUUUGCAUUGUCCUUGCCUUGAGCGGAGCCAUCACUGGCUUAGCUGACACUUCCGGGGUCCCGAGUGUACCAUCUUGCGCCAAGAUUGGCGUAGCGUACUCGGAAGACCGCGACACCGCCCGUUCUCUCCCCAAUGGUGCCUACCUCGCAGACGCCAAGAUGUGCCAGCAGAGUUGCGAGGUGAUGCCAGACUGCACCCACUUCACUUGGAAGGAGGACUCCUUCCCAGGCGGUGCCUGCUACCUCUUCAAGCAGCUGGGAAAGGAGGAGCCUGAUGCAAAGGCGAUUAGCGGCCCGAAGGCUUGUGUUAGCUCGGCGGAUUCGAAGGUCGCUCAGGACAUGCCUACAUUGCCACCUUUGGCGGUGAUAACGCCGACGGUGAAGCCAGUGGCAAUUGAAGGAACGGAUGCCACCGGCGGAGAUGAUCAUGAGACCUUGGGCGCAGCUCCUGCCACAACACCGGGUGGCAGCAACAUGAUGACCAAUGCCCUGGCCGGGGGUGCCGUGGCCGCCCUUGGCAUUGGUGGGGUCGCCUACUACUUCCUCGCCGGAGGAAAGAAGAGCAAGUCGAAGAAGAAGUCGAAGCGCGGCGUCGGUGUGGAGCGAGCAGCAGAGGCGAUGAUUGUGGACGAGGAGGCUCCAGCUCCCGCAGCUCCGGCUCUGGCAACAGGCUUUGAGCAGUACCAGGGCAUGCUUCAUCCUAUGGGCCCACAGGGACCCAUGACUCCUGUGCCGCAGUUCUAUCAGCAAGUGCCGGCCUACCAGCCUGCCGCGACCUACACCUAUCAGUACCCAGGGGUCCAGGUUGCGAGUCCAGCGCCGAUUGCUUGA